AUGGCCUCCACUGGCGCGGCAGCAAGGGAACACGGACACCUUAGUCCCCCAGUCCCUGAAGACGACGGGGAGGCGCUGCUGCCCUCGUCGUGCAGCGCGCGCAAGGCUGGCGGGCGGCACAGGCGGAACCCGUCGGGCGGGGCCGAGGUCGCGCACUCGCUCGCCGCCUCCCUCGCCGCUGUCUCCGAGCGGUCCGCUCCGCCCCGGCUCGAGGCGGAGGAGUCUGCGGGGCUGCUAUCGUCGACGGGCCUCGAGUUGGCGGGGCUGGCCGCGGCGCCGUACGGCGGCGAGCACGGCUUGCGCAGCGGCGGAGAGGAGGCGACAUCCCUGGCGGCGGCAGGCGGGCAGGGCGACGACGAGGACGAGGAUGACCGCGGCUCCUCCUUCUUCUUCGCGGCGCCGCUCGGUGACAUCGCGGCCUUCCUCCACGAGACAAAGGGCCUCUCGAAGCGAAAGCUCGGCGACUACCUCGGCGAGCGCGGCGAGCGGCACGCCGAGCUCCUCUCGGCGUACGUGCGCCGCUUCGACUUUGCCGGCCUCUCCUUUGUCGGGGCGAUCCGCGCCUUCCUCUCCCCCUUCCGGCUGCCGGGCGAGGCGCAACGG